AUGGAGCACACCUCUAACUCUCCUCCCGCGGGCGAAGCGGCGCCCGCUAUUGCGGGCACCCUCAUGCCCAACCCCGACCAAGGCCAUGCUCCCGGUCAGUGGAGCGUUUUGAUGUGGAUCCAUCUUCCCGAUGGCCACUCCCUGACUGGCUGGACCACCAGCCCUAUAAACCAGGGCCAACUGAACGCCCUGCUGGCAGCUCCUCCGACCCAGCUGCCCAGCUACGUCCGGACCUGGUCGCCUGGCGUCGUCCCUGGGGGCACGCAAAGCCACAGCCAACCCUCGGCUCGCCUGGCUCCCCAAGCUUCCCCGGCCAAUGCUGCUGCCCAUCCAUGGAACGCUCACAUUGAACACUAUCUUGGCGAGCGUCCUGUGAAUGGAUACCCUGUCCGCGUCAUUCUCGUUGGGGCGAACUUCACCUGGCGACCUUUCUCUUUGGACAAUGUGGACACCAACAGCUUCGCCCGGAAGAUCAGAGAGUUCUACCGUAAUGGAUCUGAGAUUUCGGCUGUCUCCUUCCAGUGCAACGGCUUCCCGAAGCGCAUGGUUAAGCUGGGCAUUAUCGACGAGUUCGAGAUAAUGCGAGAGGACAUGGAGGCCAUGGCCGCCCAUGUGCCCUACCGCGUGGACGUGUACGUGCACCCUUGGGAACCCGUUGGCCCCUUCACGCAGAAUUGA